AUGCAAGGUCUUCACUGCACUCGAAGAUGCAUUCAAUUGUCAGAAGAUCCAAUUUUAAUUCCCAAAAGGUUGCACGCUCGCCGCUUUGCAGGUCGUUCGUCCCCAAGUUUCAGCGGAGCUAAACCAUCUUCGCCCCCUCCAUCUCCAAAAGACAAAGCUUCUGGCUUCAAUGCCACUGGACAUUCAACUCAACCGCACAAAGCUCCUCGGGGCCAAUCAGCUAAGGCGGUCAACAGUGCGGAGGCUUCUCCAAGGAGACGAGUUCGGAUUGGGCCUGGCAAAUUGAUUGUCUUCUCCAUUGUUGCGUUCUUAGGUUACAAAGUCUACACAUGGCAAACAAAUCCUGCCAGAUCCCUCGUUCUAAAUCCCCGAUUUUUUACUCCCUUUAUCCUCAAGUCGAGAGAAAAAGUCUCUUCCACGAGCGCUAUACUAAAUCUAUUGUCACUACCCAAAGGUCAGAACACAGCGAACGUGUCCGAAGCAUGGAAAACAGGCGUUUGGAGUGUGCAGGUGAUGCAACCUGAGCUUCAGAUCGCGCGAUCGUAUACGCCUCUUCCGCCAAUUGAAGGCACAGAGCCUGAGCAAGUGAGGUUGUUCGUCCGGCAGGAGCCUCAGGGAGAGGUGUCUACUUUUCUGCAUAAAAUCAACCGGGGCACUAUUGUUCACCUCCGCGGCCCGAGAGUCGAGUACGAGAUCCCAGAUGAUGUAGACGAAAUUCUAUUCCUAGCAGGAGGCACGGGAAUCGCUCCGGCGUUACAAGUAGCACACACGUUGUUUAACUAUCGAACCAAACCGACCGAUCAUGGCCCAGAACUACGUGUUUUGUGGGCGAACCGGCGGCGAGAGGAUUCGAUCAAUGGACUGGACCAUUUCUCAUCUCAGCGGGCGCCCGCUGGAUUUGUCCCAAAAGUACGAAAGCUCGCAGAUGAAUGGCAAGGGGAGCCUCCAAGCCAGCUCAAAGAGGCAAACGAAGAAAGCGCUGCUCCUUCUCAACCUUCGCAGAGUCGGCUGGUCGAGGAGGUGGAAUCUCUGAAAGCUAGAUAUGGAGGCAAGGUCAUUGUAGACUACUUCGUUGACGACGAAGGCUCGUACAUAUCAGAGAGUCUUCUAAGAACAUAUCUGAGCGGCAUCGAUCAGACAGCGAACCAAGAUGGAACGACUCGCAGGAAGGUCAUCCUGGUAUCUGGACCGGAAGGCUUCGUCAACGCCUUUGCCGGGCCGAAAACAUGGAAAGACGGAAGGGAGAUUCAAGGGUCUCUCGGCGGACUACUAAAGAAGAUCGAUCCCCAGGAAUGGGAGAUCUGGAAGCUUUAA